AUGGAUCAGAUGGAGUUGAUUAGUCCAUUAACAGGUGGAAAAACCAAAGAUAUUGAAUUGCCAAAAUCUUUUAACCGGAUGGAAUCUGAAGAACCUGCAAUGGAUGCUGUUACCAAAGAUGCAUCUGUGCCUUGGAAAGUUGCGGGAAAAUAUCCUCCUAGAAGAACAGUUUCAGCUGUACGAGAUUAUCCGAUUGGAUGGAGCAAUGUUACAAGAUUAAGUAACGAGUCUUUGAAGGACACAAGUGCGGAUAAUGAUAAUUUUAGUGAUAAAGAAAAUAAGCAACCAAAACAGAUGGUUGAGGCUAGGAUUACUGGAGAAAAUGUUCAGGAUGAUCUAAGGAGCAAUUUGAAGAGGAGUGUUAUGAAAAACUUUGUGGAAAAUGUUAGAGUUGCGUCAGAUCGAGAUGUUUUGAAAACAAACGCUGGACAUAGACCAACUGCGAAGGAUGUCAAGUCACAAGUCACAAGUAAUAAAGAUGGAUCACACACAAAUCCUUCUUCGUCAGUUCCAAGGUCACCACAUUCAUCUUUGAGUGUGAAUCCGGUUGGGCGUCCAGCCUCUAACAAUGACAACGUUGUAACUCGCGACAAGGUUAAAAAGACUCUUCGUUUAUUUCAAGAAACGUACAGGAAGGCUACACGAGAUGAGGAAUCAAAGGUGAAGGUGCCCGGAACUCAUUCCAAGAGGAUUGAUUUGGUAACCGUCAAUGAGUUGAAGAAAAAGGAUAAGUGGGUGAACACCGGUGGUAAAAUAGUGGGUCAUAUACCCGGGGUUGAGGUUGGAGACGAGUUCCAAUUCAGGGUGGAACUUUCUAUGAUUGGUCUUCAUGGACCUUUUCAGUCUGGUAUCGAUUUUCUAAACAAAGAUGGUAAAUAUCUGGCAACAAGUGUUGUGUCUUGUGGAGUUUAUGAUGACAUUGAUAAUUUUGAUGUAUUAGUAUAUUCUGGUCACGGAGGAAAACCAUCUGGCGAGAACAAGAAAGCUGAAGAUCAAAAGCUUCAGCGGGGAAACCUUGCUCUAAAGAAUAGUGUAGAUGAGAGAACUCCAGUUAGGGUUAUUCGUGGAUUUAAAGAAAUGAAAAGACCUGAUUCUCUUGAGACAAAGGGCAAAACGGUUACGACGUACACUUAUGAUGGGUUGUACUUGGCUGAACGUUAUUGGCAAGAAAAGGGACGACAUGGUAACAAUGUUUAUAUGUUUGAACUGAGAAGAAUUCCUGGACAACCCGAGCUUGCUCUAAGAGAAGUACAAAAAUCGAGAAAAUUGAAAGUAUGUGAAGGUCUUUGUGUAGAUGAUAUAUCACAAGGUCAGGAGAAGAUGCGAAUUUGUGCUGUGAACACAGUAGAUUCCGAAAAACCACCUCAAUUUAAGUAUAUUACUAAAAUGGAGUACCCAUCAAGGCACAAUGUUAUUCCCCUCGAGGGGGGUUGUGGAUGCAAGAACGGAUGCUCUGAUUCAAAGAAAUGUCUUUGUGCAGUAAAGAAUGGAGGAGAUGUCCCAUUUAAUCACAAUGGUGCUCUUGUGGAAUUGAAGCAUCCCCAAAGUGUUUAUGAAUGUGGACCCCAUUGUAAGUGUCCUCCAUCAUGUCGUAAUAGAGUUAGCCAACAUGGGAUCAAGUUUCAAUUGGAGAUCUUCAAAACUAAGUCAAAGGGAUGGGGAGUUAGAUCCUUGAACUCAAUACCCUCUGGAAGCUUCAUUUGUGAGUACACUGGGGAGGUCCUUUCGGAAAAGGAAGCUGAUCAAAGAACCGGAAAUGAUGAGUAUCUUUAUGAUCUUGGGAGGAUUAAAAGCAGCAACCAAACUUUGUGCGAUGACUUGCAAUCAACUAGUAUCUCUGAAGAAAAUGUGGAAGAUGAGGAGGGGCUCACCAUUGAUGCCCGUGGGUAUGGAAAUGUUAGUAGAUUUAUCAACCAUAGUUGUUCACCUAACGUUGUAGCCCAAAAUGUUCUUUAUGACCAUGAUGACAAGAGGAUGCCGCACAUAAUGCUAUUUUCUGCUGACAAUAUCCCUCCGUUGCAAGAAUUGACAUAUGAUUACAACUAUACGCUAGGCUCAGUUCAUGAUUCGGAGGGAAAUUUAAAGAUAAAGGAAUGUUAUUGUGGCUCUACAGAGUGCAGGAAAAGGAUGUAUUAAGGC